UCAAACGUUUUGGGAAAAACAGAGUUCAUCAUUUUGCGUUUUUUUAAAGUCUCCAAUUACUUCAUAUUUACUGUAAAAGAGGCAAAUCAGAAACCAUGUCUGUGUUUGUGAGAACAUUUAGAGGUAACACGCUGUGUCUUGAUCCAGAUGUUUGCUGUAACAGUGGAGAAAAUCUGAAGAGAAAAAUAUGCGAAUUAGAGGGAAUCCCUUCUCCGUUCUUGCAUCUUUAUCAUCAAGGGCAAAGAGUUUGCAAUGACGACAUCAUUGUACCAGGAGCAAACUAUCAAGCACUGCUAUGUCUCAAUGGUGGCAAAGGAGGGUUUGGAUCCAUGUUGCGGAUGAUUGGAGCACAGAUUGAUAAGACGACCAACCACGACGCAUGUCGAGAUCUCAGUGGGCGGAGAAUGAGGGACGUGAACAAUGAAAAGAAGUUGAGCGACUGGAUUGGCAAGAAAGCUGAGAUGGAAGAGGAGAGAAAGCAGAAACGAGAAGAGAAGUUGGAGAGACUGAGACAUCAACCCAGACACAUCUUCGUUGACCCUAAGUAUGAUCAGCAGAAGAAAGAGGUGGUGGACAAUCUGGAUGAUGCCAUAUCACAAGGCAUCCAAGCUUCCGCCUCUGUCGACACCGGUGCCUCAACAUCAGGAACAAGGGCUACCAAGAGGAAAGCACAAACCUCCACUAGAGGCAGCAAGAGGUCUACUACCCUAUGGAUGGGAAUAGAAGGAAGCGAGAGCGAAGAAAGCGAUGACGAGGAGAGAGCAAUGGAGGCUUCUUCAGACCCAAGCAACGUAUCAACGAGCAGUCGUGAUGAGAGAGACAGCCCAUCAAGUACCUCGGACCAAGAGGCACUGCCCGACCCUCAGCCUAGUACUAGUAGGAUUGAUGUACAGGCAUCAGAGGAUUGCAAAGGAAGUAGUUCAACAGAAGCUAAGCAUCCUUUAUUGGCUGCUCUUCCCGUGCCAGGGGAAGAUAGCAGUGGAAGUGGAGGUGACGGUAGUAACAAGUCAACAGAUAAUGAGAAUGGACCAUUGGACUUGGAGAACUUCUCGUCAGUAGCGGAGUUAGAAUCAGUCGGGUUAGACAGCCUGAAGUCAGCUCUCAUGGCUCUAGGAAUGAAGUGUGGUGGUACCUUACAGCAGAGGGCAGAGAGAUUGUUCCUAGUGAAGGGCGUCAAACAGGAAAUGAUUGACCCAAGCCUGUUGGCAAAGCCAAGCAAAGGGAAGAAGUCAAAAGGAAAGUAGAACAUUACAACUUCUUCACCCUAAUUCCUACUGAAGCUGGAAGGUAAAAGUAUAUCUAUUUUCAAGGGAGAAAACCUUGAUGCCUUGACUGCCAACAUUGAUUUUACUUCGAGCUAGCAAUUACAGUUAUAGCCCAGAAAUUUAUCAAACUUAACCACAUCCCAAUGUUAGCCUGGGCGACUCGUGUGACUAAUGUCUGAGUCGUGACUAUUGACUGCUAAGUCGAGUCGUGACUACCAUUUUAAGACUUCCCGACUACCAAUUGUGCUGCUCUAGACUAAUCACGACAACAUAGUUAACUUCUGAAAUGCAAUCAGACGUCAGUGACACAAUCCCUCAUUUUUCAGCUUGAAUUUUGCUAUAUUGCGCCUUCGCCACACAAUAUGACGCAAUGCAUCUUGGGAGUUAAAAGUUUGUCCUGACUAGUUGAGUAAAGCCAACUAGUCGCUGAGGCCUAUUCCAGUGUAGUUUGAACUGUGCCAGCUGGCAUUGCCAAGAGUACGAGUAAUCUCAAUAGCAUUGGAAGUACUGGAUUAUUAGAUGAAAACACCAUCUUGAGCUCAGAAAGAAUACAUAGGAAUACAUGUUUUUUGUUCACGGCUAAAAUGUGCAAGUACACGCCAACUGCUUUGUCAACAAAAUGGGAGUGGAGCAUUUAUGUAUGUGCACCUGUCAGUCAAUUUAUGAAAACCGCAAAACUUGUUGAAAAUUGCAUUCUCUAAAUUCUCAAUGGUUAACAUUGUAUUUUUUCCCCAUCUGAUAAAAUGUUGUACUUGUCAAAGUAUGUGUGUGAUUUUCGCGGAGAUCAUGGGCUAAUGGUCCAUUGUACCACUUUGGUUAUAAUUUUGCUGGAAUUCUUUUUUUUCCAAUUCUGUAUUUUUUCUUUCCUUUUUAAUGAUAGUUUUAGAAAUGGGGAGGGGGGAACAUUUUAAAGUUCUUUAUUUGUAAAUUUUAAAACAUAAACUUUUUAUGUAUUUAAAUUUGUUUUAAAUUGUUACUCUACGAGUCUGCCGGAGUGAAGUUAUUGCUAGAUACCAUUUUUUUCUAAAUACUGUUUACUUCUCCCCAUUGAUGAGCCAGUUUUUGUGUCUAAACUUGAUUGAGAUUUCGUUAAACAUGAAGUUCAUAUUUGUAAUGAUGGAAGUAACAACCUUCAAUAUGUUAGAAAGAGCAGAACUUGUUCUAUUUAAGUUCAGAAGUUAUGACAUUUUAAACUUUUUAAACAGUCUUUGAUUUGUUGUAUCUUGAUACCUGAUGAGGUCAUGAUUGGUGUAAGUUAUUUUUAGAGACUAAGACAAGAAAUAAGCUUCAA